AUGGAGUUUUGCCUAGAUGUUGCUUUGUACGAAGAAAAAACCGCGAAAUCAUCCAAUAAUAAAUCGUUCGAAAACGUCGUUGUUUCGCCUAUCGGAAUUUGCGUAAUAUUGAACAUGAUUGCUAAUGUUGCUAAAGGAGCCACCCUUGAACAACUUCUCCAAUUUCUAAAGUUUCAAAGUGUCGAUGAUUUGGUUUCUCAUGCUUCUAAACUCAUGCAAUUAGCCAAAUCAUCCGAUUCCGACGACGAUAAUAAUGAUAAUCCGGUUAUUUGCAAUUUUAAUGCUGUUUUGAUGAAGAAAUCAAUUUCUCUUAGAAAAAUUCAUCAAGAUUUUCUUGAGGAUGUGUACCAAGUGAAAGUCAAUUAUGUUGAUUUUAGUCGAGAGGAUGAAGCAGUUGAUGAGGUGAAUGCAUGGGUCGCACAAGAGACAAAAGGCCUCAUAAAAACACUUUUGCUUAAAGGAGCCUUUGAAUCUUCAUCCUUAACCCUAAUUCGUGCUAAUGGACUCUAUUUCAAUGGAAAGUGGGAAAAUGAGUUUUCGGAAUUUAACACAAGAAUAAGCGAAUUUAACCUUAUAGAUGGAAACCCAAGGUUCGUUCAUGUACCCCUCUAA